AUGACCGCAUUUUGGAGACGUUCGGCCUCUCUGACUGCCUGCCUCUCUGCCUGCCUGCUUCUCUGCCUGUCUGCCUCUCUGUCCGCCUCUCUGCCUGCCUGCCUGCCUCUCUGCCUCUCUGCCAGCCUGUCUCUCUGUCUGCCUGCUUCUCUGCCGUCCUGCCUCUCUGCCUGCCCGCCUCUCUGCCGGCCCGCCUCUCUGCCGGCCCGCCUCUCUGCCGGCCCGCCUCUCUGCCUGCCUGCCUGCAUUUCUGCCUGCCUCUGCCUGCCUACUUCUCUGUUUGCCUCUCUGCCCGCCUGCCUGCCAUUCCGCCUGACUAUCUGCCUGCCUCUCUGCCUGCCCGCCUCUCUGCCUGCCCGCCUCUCUGCCUGCCCGCCUCUCUGCCUGCCGGCCUCUCUGCCUGCCCGCCUCUCUCUGCCUACCUCUCUGCAUGCCUCUGCAUCUCUGCCUGUCCGCCUCUCUGCCUGCCUGCCUGCCUGCCUUUCUGCCUUCCUCUCUGCCUGCCUGCUUCUCUGGCUGCAUCUCUGUCUGCCUCACUUCCUGCCUCACUGCCUGUCUGCCUGCCUUUCUGCCUGCCUCUCUCCCCUGUCUGCCUUUCCCGCCUGCCUCUCUGCCUGCAUCUCAGCCUGCCUGCAUCUCAGCCUGCUACUCUGCCUGCUACUCUGCCUGCCUGCCUUUCUCUUCUCUGCCUGUCUGCCUGCUCGUCCCUCUGCCUGCUUGCCUUUCUGUCUGCCUCUCUCCCUGCCUGCCUCUUUGCCUGCCUGCCUCUCUGCCUGCCUGCCUCUCUGCCUGCUUCUCUGCCUGCCUGAUUUUAUGCUUGCCUGCCUCUCUGCCUCUCUGCCUGCAUCUCUACCUGCCUGCUUCUCUGCCUGCCUGCCUGCUUCUCUGCCUCUCUGUCUGCUCGUCCCUCUGCCUGCCUGGCUUUCUGCCUGCCUGCUUCUCUGCCUCUCUGCCUGCCUGCCAUUCCGCCUGCCUUUCUGUCUGUCACUCUGCCUGCCCGCCUCUCUGCCUGCUUGCCUUUCUGCCUGCCUCUCUGCCUGCCUGCUUCUCUGCCUAUCUGCCUCUCUGCCUGCACGCCUCUCUGCCUGCCUGCUUCUCUGUCUGACUCACUGCCUUCCUUUCUGCCUGCCUCUCUCCAUGCCUGCCUCUCUGCCUGCCUGCUUCUCUGCCUGUCUGCCUUUCUGUCUGCCUGCCUGCCUCUCUGCCUGCCUCUCUGCGUGUCUGCUUCUCUGUCUGCUCUCUGCCUCUCUGCCUGCCUGCCUGCCUGCCUGCCUUUAUGCCUGCCUCUCUGCCUGUCUGCUUCUCUGCCAAUCUGCCUCCCUAUCUGCCCACCUCUCUGCCUGCCUGUCUUUAUGGCUGCCUCUCUGCCUGUCUGCUUCUGUGCCUGGCUCUCUGCCUGCCAGCCUUUCUGUCUGUCUUUCUGUCUGCCUCUCUGCCUGCCAGCAUUUCUGUCUGCCUUUCUGUCUGCCUCUCUGCCUGCCAGCUUCUCUGCCUAUCUCCCUGCCUGGCUUUCUGUCCGCUUCUCUGCCUGCCUGCAUGCCUGCUUCUCUGCCUCUCUGCCUGUCUGCUUGCUCGUCUCUCUGCCUGCCUGGCUUUCUGCCCGCUUCUCUGCCUGCCUGCCUGUCUUUAUGCUUGCCUCUCUGCCUUCCUGCCUCUCUGCUUGCCUGCUUCUCUGCCUCUCUCUCUCUCUCUCUCUCUCUCUCUCUCUGUGUGUGUCUCUGCCUGUCUGCUUCUCUGCUCUCUCUCUCUCUCUCUGUCUCCCAGCCUCUCUGUCUGCCUGCCUUUAUGCCUGACACUCUGCAUGCCUGCUUCUCUGCCUGCCACUCUGCCAGCCUGCCUCUCUGCCUGCCUCUCUGCCUGCCUGCUUCUCUGCCUGUCUGCAUCUCUGCCCGCCAGUCUUUAUGCCUGCCUUUCUGUUUGCCUGCUUCUCUGCUCGCCUCUCUGCCUGCCUGCCUUUAUGCCUUCCUUUUUCCUGCCCACCUCUCUGCCCGCCUGCCUUUCUGCCUGCCUUUCUGCACGCCUGCCUUUCUGCCUGCUUCUCUGCCUACCCGCCUCUCUGUCUGCCUGCCUUUAUGCCUGCCUCUCUGCCUCCGUGCUUCUCUGCCUACCUCUCUGUCUGCCUACCUCUCUGCCUGCCUGCCUCUCCGCCUGCCCGCCUGUCUUUAUGCCUGCCUCUCUGUCUGCCUGCUUCUCUGCUUGCCUCUCUGUCUGCCUCUCCGCCUGCACGCCUCUCUGCUUGCCUGCCUUUCUGUCUGCCUUUCUGUCUGCCUCUCUGCCUGCCUUUAUGCCUGCCUCUCUGCCUGCCUACCUCUCUGCCUGCCUGCCUCUCCGCCUGCCCGCCUCUCUUUCUGCCUGCCUUUCUGCCUGUCUCUCUGCCUCCGUGCUUCUCUUCCUGCCUUUCUGCCUUUAUGCCUGCCUCUCUGCCUUUAUGUCUGCCUCUCUGCCUGUCUGCCUCUCUGCCUGCCUGCCUCUCUGCCUGUCUCGGGGUUGAGAUAG